AUGGCAAGUAACGCUGACAGUGUUGAGUCCAAGCUAUGGCCUAAAUUAGUUGUUAAGGAAUUCAUAGAUGUUAUGGUUGAUGAAGUGACAAAUGGAAAUAUGACAAAUGGUGUAUUUCAUACUAGAACAUGGACCUCGAUGACCGCUAAGUUGAAUUUCAAAACAAAGCUUUCUUAUAAAAAAGAACAACUGAAGGCAAAGAUGCAUAGGUUGCGAGCUUUGUAUCGCGAAUUACCUGCACUUCUGAAUCACACUGGAUUUGGGUGGAAUCCUGAAACCAACACUGUCACCGCAAAUUAUAUUCGGGUUCAUGAUAAAGCUGCUCAGUUUCAAAGGAGAGAUGACGAAAUUGAGCUUGAAAAUCAAUAUCGCAAUAAUGGGGUUCAUGUUAACCUUGAUAAUGAUAGUUCUAAUGAUGAUGUUCAAGAAUUGGAGCGCGUGACUCGUAGUGGAAAGCGCCCAAUUCAAGAGAAAGAGGGCAAAUCUAAGAAAAGUACUAGAACAUGUCAAAUGGGAGAUGCACUAGCAGCAUGGGCUGAUGCAUCCAAGGCAAGGGCUGAUAGGUAUAGGGGUCAUAGUAUGGAGGCCACUUCUUCCAUUGUAACGCCAGAUUUUUCAAUUACUAAGUGUGUGACUGCACUUGAAGGAAUUGAAGGCAUCUCAGUGGAUACCUACAUGAAAGCUUGUGAAAAGUUCAAGGAGGCUGAAUAUAGAGAGAUGUUUCUUGCUAUGUCCGCUGAAAUGAGACAAGCAAGGCUUUAUAGGCUUUAA